ACGAAAACCCACACAGAGACAAGCGCGCGUCGCCACCUCACAAAGCUGCACUCUAGCCAUGGCGGAGCGCUCUCUAUUUAACACCCUCUAGAUCUCUCCUUUUCCGCCAUCAUCCUUAGACGCCUCGCUCUCUGCGCUGAUUCUUUCUUGUCUUCUUCUUGGUCUCGCUCGUUGUCUUCGGCUGCCCAAGGUUUGCUGACGUGCCAGUUUCGUGUCGCUUUUUGCUCCCAUCCGGAAUCAUGGCUCAGGCGCAGGUGGCCUCGAUGCCAUCGGCCAUCAAGAUGGCUGCCGCCCCGUCAUCGUUACCGAAAGACGAGCUCCGUCAGAUUGAGGAGUAUGGUAGAAUCAUCAGCUUCCGCGACAGGGUCUUGUCUGGGAAGCACCCGACCAUCAAGGUUCCCGCACAUUUAGCAGGUGCAAAGUCGGCUGCCUCGAGCCAGCCGAUCGCAACGGCAUCACCGCCAACGGCGGCUGCUAUCUCUGCCAGUGCCACAGCCGCUACCGCUUCCCAUGCCCAUCCUACCCCAUCGCCAGGCCGCCAGGAGAGCCGCAACGGCGCCGUGGCGAACCGCCAGGCCCUCCAAACGAACUCCAUGCAGCCGCCUGUAACGACCAACUUCCCUGGUCUAGGGUCGCUCCCUGCCAACGGGCGUAGCAGAGGCGUGGCCUCUGCCGCUCCAAAUGACGCGCCCGUGAAGCUGUUUAAUCCAGCAAGGGCUGAGAUCAACCCCAUAUUCCUUGAGAAGUCAGAUCACCUCGUCAAGACAGAGAUACAGCUUCAGCGGCAGCGUAUUGAGCGGGCGUUGCGGGAGCAGCUGGAGCAGAAGCGCUCCUCGGGCGGCGGGGCGUUGCAGCCAAGCGAGCCGCUUCCAGACUUCGAUCUGAUGGAUGUGUUGCAGAAGGCCCUUGUGCUUGUCGAGCAGACUGCUCCUCCGUCCACUGACGCAAAUGUAGCCGCUAACAACAACCCCGAGGACUCGGAUUCUUUUGACGAGAACACCUUCUACUCGUCUCAGUUCGAUGAUUCCCCCAGCUCGGCCCAUGUUGCGCGCAUCGCAAACAAUUCAGAGCCCCAGGACGUGGAUAUGCGCGAAAGCCCAGACUACGAGCCCGAGCCCAGCGUCUCCAUCAUUCCUACCUCUACAGCCGAGCCACGGCCGGCCGUCCCCGAGAAAGCCACCAGGCCUCUGCACAAGGCACCACCACCUCCCAAUCGCGCGUCCCCGGACAUGCCAGCACCCAUCCCAUAUACGGGACAACCUACCUCGGAUACGCGGCUAGACAGGCUAGGGCUAGCUCCCGCGCCUGCCUCGCUCAGGAGACCCUUUAGCCACCAAGUUCAGGUUGUGAGCUCACAUGACAGUGGUGACGCAAGUGGCUCUACUGGGUCGGGUGUCAACACAGACAAUGAGCAGAGUGCGGAUGAUUUGCGAAGUCAGGCCAACGGCCUUGCCCGCAAUGCCAACGCGUUUGAGGGUGGUUGUCCCGCGGUCGUGCGCGCACAUGACCUCUCGCCUUUGGCACCCCAGCCGUCUCACGUAUCACCUCUGGCCACAGCCAGAAACCCCCCCGAAGUUGGACUUGAAAGGCAAGCACUCCAGGGAGCUCCGGCCCAGGUGGCAGCCCUGCGGAACGAACCGACGGCAGUGUCGAGCCCAGAGAGCUCACCCCAAGCCGGUAAAGCCAACGACAAACGUAAAGGGAAGAAGAAGAACAAGAGGAAAGCGGACCGCGAGGCGGUUGAUGCAUCUCCGUAUAUUAAGAACGAGCCUCGCUCGCCUUCUCCUCUUUCCGCCGCGCCGGCUGCCCGGCCACACAAGCGGUUGCGACCGAUACAGCGACCGAUGGAGGCUCUCAGCUAUGACGAGCCGGCAUAUACUGUUCCACCAACAGAUGGCUACAGCGACAGGCACGGUGGACAGAUUUACCAUGAGGAGGCGCCACGGAUCGUCUAUGAGCGACGCGAUAGUGCCACCGUCCGCGAUGGAGGCGCCCCACCAAUCACCGCAUCGACUUCACUGCACUACGAGCCCGAUGUCUAUGAAGUUCGCAGACCGCCGACCACUACCCAGUUUGUUCGCGAGUCCGAGUCGUCCGGCCUAUACCCUACACAGUACGGGCCUAGCGAACCUCGGCUAAGGUCAGUUUCCCACACGGUAGUUGAUCGUCCUUACCGCGAAGCCCCCAUCUACUACCGUGAUGUGAGGGACGAGCCGCGCAUGAGUGUGCGACCGGCUGCAGAGCGGAAGCGAUCACGGUCUCCAAUCAUGCGGGAGGUGCGUGGCCCAACGAUGGCGCCUCCUCCGCGUGCCCAGGCAACUCGCAUCUACAUUGACGAGUUCGGACGGGAGUACAUCGAGCCACCCAGGUCGUCUGCCGUCGCCAGGCAGUCGGUUGCCCCAUCCAGUCGCCCUGUGGGGAACAUUGUCUACGAUCACCCCCCACCCCCAGCCCGUGCAGCCUCGCGAAUGUCCGAGCCGUAUGGUGACGGCGUCAUAUACAGACGGGUGUCAUCUCCGGCCUACGCUGCGCCCAGGCGAGUCAUCACCGAACCGGAAUACGUCGGCGGCGACUACCGGGCAGCGUACAGACAGAGGGAAUACGCACCGCCACAGGCCGGGCCUCAUGUUGCCGAGGAGUAUGCCCAGACUCGCCCAGCUCAGGAAAGGCAACCAGUAGAUGAUCCGGGUCACGCUCGGGAUUAUUUAACCAGGGCGGCGAGUGUGCGACCCGCAGAGCCGGUCCGAUACGAUAUCUCGGGCCACUACGGUGAGAGGCCGGGCAGCGUGCGUCCUGAGCUGAUACGCGAGUAUGGCGUUGCUGCUCAUCCCGAGACCCGCAGAGAGGUGGUCCAUCAGCAGUUCGCCCGCGAGUACAGCGUGCGACCAGAGGCUCAGGUUAUUCAACGCCCCUAUAGCACAAGACCUGUGGAGCAGCACACGGCGUACUACGAAGGCUCGGUCCGGCGUAACGAGGAGGUUGCGGCCUUCAUUGAGCGGCCUCGUGGAGGACUGGAAGGCGUGGUUUACACAGAAGCACCCCGUCGCGAGGCCUAUCGCUGAGCGAGGCGUGGAAAAAGGUGGACAAUAGGCCAGCCCAUUGGUGGAGAUCGCAUUUGAAUACUUUAUGUGCUCGACAAAGCCCCUCGGCUGGCUGAUUCGCCUGAUAUUUUAUGGUCAUGGGCGGGAGACGAAAUGUAAUUCAGCUGGGCGUUUUGCACUGAUGCAGCGUUCCCUCCGUUUCGUUCAUUGUCUUCAAUUCUACCCUGCUGUGGGAGGCGCAUUGUAUAGCAAGUAGCGAAUAGCGUUGUGAUAUUUUUGCAUUUUCUCGCGCUCCUUUUCCUCCUUUUGUUUGCACUUCGGUCGAUUCAUCGUCCACACAGAUUCUCGUUGACGGUGCCAGAAUGUAUUCGAGCGCCUGGGACACAAGAUAGUAUUUGGCCUCUGUAUCGGCAAGCCCGUUUCACAGGUGCGAGUAAGACACAAUAUGUGUUUCCCCAGGUGUCCAAGCUCGGCAGGGCGAAGGUCUGUGUUGGGAAAGUGAGAUCAUGGGCCACGAUCCCAUGUCUUGGCGGGAACCCGGCUCAGGCUUGGACCCCGAAGCCAGCGUUUACCCACCUCACUG